AUGGCGCGGGUCGGACUCUGCGACCCCAAAGAGGACGCCCGUCUCCCUGCACAGCCCCCGGGGGUGGCGGACCCAUCGCCCUGCGCGAGACGCAAACGCGCCCCCUGGUGGAGGCGUGCAGCGCGGCCGACGGCACCGGAACAAAAGUGUUCUACGGAACGCGGUGCGGGCUCAGAGUUUCCGGGGAGGAGGGCAGAGGAGGACCUGCGCGAGGCGGUUUCUUCGGCAGCGGAGGAGGCAAUGGCUUUGGGGGUCCGGGGGCUGCGCUUCUGGCGGGCCGCCCCUGCUGGCGGGGCUGGCUGGAGAUUGAUAGCAACAUCGCCAGCUUCGCACCUGUCACCGACAGAACUGAUAGAAAUGCAGAAUGACCUCUUUAAUAAAGAGAAAAACAGGCAGUUAUCAUUAACUCCUCGAACUGAGAAGAUUGAAGUUAAACACGUUGGGAAAACGGACCCUGGCACUAUCUUCGUGAUGAAUAAAAACGUUUCAACUCCUUAUAGUUGUGCUAUGCAUUUAAGUGAGUGGUACUGCGGGAAGUCCAUUCUGGCUCUUGUGGACGGACAGCCUUGGGACAUGUAUAAACCUUUGACCAAAUCCUGUGAAAUUGAAUUUCUUACUUUCAAAGAUCGUGAUCCUGGAGAAGUGAAUAAGGCUUAUUGGCGUUCCUGUGCCAUGAUGAUGGGCUGUGUGAUAGAGAGGGCAUUCAAAGAUGAAUAUGUGGUCAGUUUGGUCAGAGCUCCAGAAGUUCCUGUAAUCUCUGGAGCCUUCUGCUAUGAUGUAGUUCUGGAUAAGAGACUUGAUGAGUGGAUGCCAACAAAAGAGAACCUGCGUUCCUUCACAAAAGAUGCCCGUGCUUUAAUUUAUAAAGAUCUUCCAUUUGAAACUCUGGAAGUGGAAGCAAAAGUGGCAUUGGAAAUAUUUCAGCACAACAAGUACAAAACGGAUUUCAUAGAAGAGAAGGCAUCUCAGAACCCUGAGAGGAUAGUCAAGCUGCACAGAUUUGGUGACUUCAUUGAUGUGAGUGAGGGUCCUCUUAUUCCAAGAACAAGUAUUUGUUUCCAGUAUGAAGUAUCAGCAGUUCACAAUCUUCAAGCCACGCAGUUGAGUCUUGUACGAAGAUUCCAGGGUCUGUCUUUACCGGUACACUUAAGAGCACAUUUUACUAUAUGGAAUAAGCUAUUGGAGAGAUCUCGGAAAAUGGUAACUGAAGAUCAAACUAAACCUACAGAGGAAAGUGCAUCGACCCAGUAAUUUCCUAAAAAUUAAAUAUAUAUAGUAAAUUAAAAUAAAAGUUUUCUACAAAA